AUGAAAGGCAGUGCUGCUUUACUGGAGACUGCUCUGUACCAAAUGGAUGGAAUUACACAUUACACUUACUAAAACUAAAUAAGCAAGUGCUAACAUAUAACUGAUGUGAAUCGAAGAUUUGAGAAUAAAAAAAGUUUUUAUGUAUGCAUGAAUUCUUGGCCAUGUAAAUUGCUGAGAGCAGUGGAAUGGGAGGAAUAAAAGGACACAAUGAGCUGUGGGCAGUACUGCCAGUGUGUGUGUGUGUGUGUGUGUGUGUGUGUGUGUGUGUGUGUUUCUUGCAAGAGAAGAAAAGCAGAAAUGGGAAGCAAAUGGUAGUAUAGGGCUCUGUACUUUUUGAUGGUUGUCUUGUGUGAGAUCAUAAUGGAAUUUGUAAAGUAGAUUUUUGGGUAGAGAAGUAACUGUCACUUGCCUUCUCGCCUUCUCUCUCUCUCUCUCUCUCUCUCUCUCUCUCUCGCUCUCUCUCUCUCUCUCUCUCUCUCUCGCUCUCUCUCUCUCUCUCUCUCUCUCUCUCUCGCUCUCUCUCUCUCUCUCUCUCUCUCUCUCGCCUUCUCUCUCUCUCUCUCUCUCACUCUCUCUCUCUCCCUCGCUCUCUCUCUCUCUCUCUCUCUCUCGCUCUCUCUCUCUCUCUCUCUCUCUCUCUCUCGCUCUCUCUCUCUCUCUCUCUCUCUCUCGCCUUCUCUCUCUCUCUCUCUCUCACUCUCUCUCUCUCCCUCGCUCUCUCUCUCUCUCUCUGUGUCUGUCUCUGUGUCUCUCUAUUCACUCUGUUAGGUGGCAGAGGUGGUUCAGUCCAGUCAGAUGCAAGCAGUAGCCCCUCUGAGCAGGGUCACAUGUGUCAGCCCCAUCCAGCUUACCCUGUUGGACCACAGUCUAUCCUGGUGGCCCAGCAGUUGGCCUCAGCCAUGAGCGGCGUGAUGUCAGGAGGUGCGCCUGGUCUGAACCAGCCAAUCCUUAUCCCCUUUAAUGCAGGUGGUCACCUGGGGGGACAGCAGGGCCUGGUCUUGUCUCUACCUACAGCAGCCAAUAUCCAGGGACUGGUGGCUGCCGCAGCCGCUGGGGGCAUCAUGACUCUCCCUCUACAGAACCUGCAAGCUACCUCAUCUCUCAACUCCCAACUCCAGCAUCUUCAGCAUCUCCAACAAAUACAACAGCACCACCAGCAACAACAGCAGCAGCGAGAACGGGAACACCGGGAGCGAGAGCAGCAGCGAGAGCGAGAGCAGCAGCGAGAGCGAGAGCGAGAGCGUGAGCAGCAGAGAGAGCGGGAACGUGAACGAGAGCAACAUUGUGGGUCAGCACACCUCCAGUCUCUCAGUCAGCUGCCACCCCAUCAUCCACUGACUCCUCCAAUCAAGUUACAAGCCACUGGUCCUUCGACAGGCACCGCCUCCUCCUGUACCUCGUCCAGUCUUGGUUCAGUUCAGCCUUCACAAUCUCCACCUUCUCAUAAGCAGAACCAAUCACCAGCACACAGCCUACCCUCACCAGUCACACCUCCUCUGCCACUGCAGCUCAAUCCACUAGCCAGCCAGGCAGCAGUAGCAGCAGCAACCAUGGGUUCUAUUGCUGGAUCACAAAUGUUUGGGAAUGGUGCUCUGCCGAACCUGCAAGGCGUUACAGGCCAACUGGUCACCAAUGCACAGGGACAGAUAAUUGGUACAAUCCCACUGAUGCCAAACUCUGCAGGACCUUCCAACCAAACAGGGGGUGGAACUUCAUCUCUCCAGGUCCAGCCGAUCACGCCGCAACUUCUGACCAAUGCACAAGGCCAGAUCAUCGCUACAGUGAUUGGAAACCAGAUCCUGCCUGUCAUCAACACACAGGGAAUCACACUAUCACCAAUCAAAACUGGACAGCAGCUGUCCCAGGCUGCCCAGGCCCAGCCGCCUCCUCCCGUGUCUCAGCCAGGCCUGCUGCGAAUGCCCCACAGCCAGAGUCCUCUCCGCCAAGCAUCUUCAUCCUCCUCGACAUCUUCAUCCUCAUCUUCAGCACUCAGCGUGGGGCAGCUGGUUAGCAACCCUCAAACUGCUCCAAGUGAAGUGGAUGGUGUGAACCUGGAGGAGAUCCGAGAAUUUGCCAAAGCAUUUAAAAUCCGUCGUCUGUCUCUGGGUCUGACACAAACUCAGGUGGGCCAAGCUCUCAGCGCCACGGAGGGGCCUGCCUACAGCCAAUCCGCCAUCUGCAGACACACCAUCCUGAGAAGCCACUUUUUCCUACCACAGGAAGCCCAAGAGAGCACUAUAGCUAGCAGUCUGACAGGCAAACUGAACCCUGGCCUUUUAUAUCCUGCCAGGUUUGAGAAGUUGGACAUCACGCCAAAAAGCGCCCAGAAGAUUAAGCCUGUGCUGGAGCGCUGGAUGGCUGAGGCAGAAGCCCGCCAUCGCUCGGGCAUGCAGAACCUGACCGAGUUUAUCGGCAGUGAGCCAUCGAAAAAGCGCAAGCGCCGGACCUCUUUCACGCCACAGGCCCUGGAGAUCCUUAACAGCCACUUCGAGAAGAACACACACCCUUCGGGCCAGGAAAUGACCGAGAUUGCUGAGAAACUGAACUACGACCGUGAGGUGGUGCGUGUCUGGUUCUGCAAUAAAAGGCAGGCGCUUAAAAACACAAUAAAGAGGCUGAAACAGCCAGAGCUUGGGGCUGUCGCACCUAUGGACCAUCUGGCUGACCCUUUGGAAGAACAUCCAUAG